UACAUGUAACCCCCACGAGUGCUCCUCCACAUGCUGGGGUAGGAACGGGCUGAAGGUGCGGAGGGAUGCUGAAUGUCGAGAGAUAAUGCAAGUAGGACGUGCUUGAUUAUUUAUAGGGGUUCUCCCUUGCGCUGAUUGGAUAAAUGGUGUAAUUACUAAUGAUGAAUUGGCUGUGUUAAUUAUCUGUGUGUGCUCCUCCUGAAAUUUGUUUAUAAAACAUCACUUCACAAGUUCACACUGACAUAUAAUCAACUGAGUAAAGGUUAUGCAUAUUUGGCAUGCUGUCCAGGGAGAGGGCUCUGAGCUCGCGGGAGCGGAGGAGAGGGCUGAAGCGUAGGAGGGCGCUGGAGAAGAUGGCUGAUGCCUGGAAGGCUAGGGUGAAGGAGAACCUCGGUGUCUGGAGGUAUGAGCGGCAGCGGUGCGGGAUGGCCGGCGGCCCCAAGGUGCAGCCGCGGGCUCGAUUGAGGUGUCCUGCAGAGUGCUGGUGCGCUGAACGUCGGCUGGAGGCACAGGAGGAACAAUUCGAUCUCUGACAUGAUUGCGGCGAUUGGAUGUGCCAAUGCUGAAAGUCGAGAGAUAACGAAGGUGACGCACUGCAAACACAAUACAGCUGAAGAGGAAGAAAGACGGAUGACUUUUGACUGCCGCCUCCUCUCUCUUCCUCCCUCUGUUAAAGGGCAGACAUUCAGUGUGUUGCAAAGUGAGCGAGCUGGAACUCAUUGGGUGUCAGAGUCAGCUGCUCUCUUACCUGUUUCUCCAUGUCACCAUCCAUCUAUCUUUUCGUCCAUCAAUCACAUCUCCCAGUCAUCCUCAGGGUAUGCGUGAAGACCUAUCGCAAAAAAGUGAGUGCUUUCUGGAAUUCGUCAUGAAUGUGGCCUUAGGAUUUGACCAAAAUGAGGAUGUCUUAUGAGAUGAAAUAAUCAAGAAGCCUACCUUGUGGAACAAUCGGAAAUCACAUGUUUUCUGAGUAGCAAAUGGAAAACAAAGGUUUACAUUAUAUCCUGCUGACGACACCAAGUCUCCAUGACAGCUUAUGGUACCAAACACCUAGAAAUAGAUGGUUCAUUGUGGUUGCAAAACAGAAGGAGGGAAAGAGAAUAAAAGCAACAAGAUAGAGGAAAAAUGUAAGUGUGUUUUAGAGCUUGAUGAAAUCAUAUUUGCUGACUGUUGCCCUCUAGAGUGUCUCAUUGGUGCCGUAAUGACGCCACUCAGUCGAAAGUGUGUAGUGCAGCUCACAUUGAGCUUGUAAUAAUUGUUAGACUAGAUUCAUUACACGGAUACACUGUUUUAAAUAUAGAAGUAAAGGGAUAGUUCACCUAAAAAUGAAAAACCUUAUUUUUGGAGCAAAAAAUUUUCUUUUUCUUCCAGUUGAAAUAAAUGUGAAAUGGAUUUUCAAGCUUCAAAAAAGGAUGCAUAAGCAAUUCAAAACAUCACUAAAGUGAUUCAUACGAUGUGUACGCUAUACUUCACGUCAUCUAAAGUAAUACUAUAGCUUUUCUUGACAAACCACAAUUUGAAUUUUUAUUCGCUAACCCUUUUUUCCACCAGUGAGCUGUUAACCACUGUGACCAGGUCAUUGAAUUUGAGAACCGUAUCAGUCCGUUUGUGUGGACGAAUAAUUUAAGUUGGUUUCGUGAACUGGAUAAUCUGACUCAUUCAUGAAUCACACAUUGUUCAUUUCUUAUGAACUCUAAUAAAAGAUGUUCAGUGAAUAAUUUUCUGAGUCAGUUCCUCAAACAAACCUUUCAGAAACCUGAAAUAUUCUUUAAAAUUUUUGUUCACCCAAAGUCAUUUUUGGGUGAACUAUCUCUUUAAUACUUUACCUCAUUACGCUCAUAAGGUGAGCUAAAGUUGAACCGGAGUCCAUAGGAACUCAUCCAAAACUAAUUAAAACAUUCCACCAUAACUCAUCUGAUAGUGUACAUCCCAGUAUUCACGAGAGCGAGAGAGACUUUUACCUCUGACCAGUCUCCACCCAUAAUAGCCUGCCAUCGAGGAGGGAGUGGCUGACCGAGGGAGGGGAAAGAGAGAGAGAGAGAGAGAGAGGGAAAGCUGGAGAGCUCUGCGGUAGCAUUAAGCGCAAGAACCAAAGCAGAGAAAGACUGGAAAAAAGAAGGUAGGUAGAGAAAGAAACAGUGGAAUUAGGAGCUAAGAAAUAAAAUAAAGAAGAAAAAGUCUGGAAAAUCAUUUCAGAGCAGGACAGAAGAGACUGAGAGAGAGAGGGGAAAAAAGACAGACACGUGAAUUAAAAGAAGUCUUGGACUUCACAUUGGAGACACAUGUCCAUGCGUGGAUUGUUGCUGCUGCUGUGAUCUGUCAUUCCUCCUCACAGCGUGUGUGCGUGUGUGUUCUGGAGAGACUGAGGAGAGUGUGUGUGUGAGCCUGUCGUUCCUCUGGAGUCUACGGGACCAUGGCACCUGUCAGGAACGGAUGAACUUGAGGCUUAAAGGACUCGCGGGGGAAAAAGAAAGAGAAAAAAGCUGAAAGAGUGAAAGCUUUCAGUGUAGCAAGGAAACUCCAUAUCCACAGCAUCACUGUAACAACAAGCAGAACGACUGAGAGCCGUCACUGCAACAGCUGCCACGAAAACCAGCAUCCCAUUCAACCAUCUGUGUGGCAGCUGUCUGCGGUUUAUAGCUGAUAAGACGUUCUGGUCCACCUCAGAAGAUGAUGACGAUGAUGAUGAUGAUGAUGAUGAUGUGCAGCUCGCUGGUCCUGCUUGGGCUGAUUGGCAUCAGUGCUUCAUCCAGUGGAAGUUCAUCUUCCUCACCCCGGAUGAAGCUGUCUUAUAAAGAUCUCCAGCAGUUUAACGGCAUUAAGCGGUUUGACUUGGAGCGUUCGUGCUCUUUCGGAGCUCUCCUAUUGGACGAGGAGAGGGGACGGCUGUUUGUUGGAGCGCGCAACUUUCUGUUAUCUCUCAGUCUCGACAACAUCAGCAAACAGGAACAGAAGAUCUACUGGCCAGCGCCUGUUGAUUGGAGAGAAGAGUGCAACUGGGCCGGGAAAGACAUCAAUACGGACUGUGUAAACUAUGUGAAAGUGCUACACCACUAUAAUCGGACUCACCUGUAUGCCUGCGGGACAGGGGCUUUCCACCCCACUUGUGCUUAUGUGGAGGUGGGACAGAAGAUAGAGGAUCAUGUGUUUAGAAUCGACCCCUCUAUGGCAGAAGAUGGAAAAGGAAAGAGCCCAUACGACCCACGCCACACAUCAGCAUCUGUUCUAAUUGGUGAUGAGCUUUAUGCAGGCGUGGCCACUGAUUUGAUGGGACGGGACUUUACAAUCUUUCGCAGCAUGGGACAAAGGCCCUCCAUACGAACAGAACAGCACGAUUCUCGCUGGCUUAAUGAGCCCAAGUUUAUUGCGGCGUUUGGUGUUCCAGAGAGUGAGAAUCCUGACGAUGAUAAAGUCUUCUUCUUCUUCAGAGAAACUGCUGUAGAAGCUCAGGGAUUUGGGAAGGUUACAUAUACCCGGAUUGGUCAGCUCUGCAGGAAUGAUAUGGGAGGACAGCGCAGUUUAGUAAAUAAGUGGACAACAUUUCUAAAGGCUCGUCUUGUGUGUUCUGUACCAGGCAAUGAUGGCACUGAAACACAUUUUGAUGAACUUAGGGAUGUAUUCCUGCUGCAGACCCGUGACCGAAAGAACCCGCUGAUCUACACCGUCUUUACCACCUCAAGUAGUGUAUUUCAAGGUUCUGCAGUGUGUCUCUACACCAUGAAUGACAUUCGCCGGGCAUUUUUAGGACCUUUUGCCCAUAAAGAGGGACCCAAUUAUCAGUGGGUUCCAUUCCAGGGUAAAGUGCCAUACCCACGGCCAGGCAUGUGUCCCAGUAAAACAUUUGGGAGUUUUGAGUCCACUAAAGGUUUCCCUGAUAACGUAAUCCAGUUUGCAAGGCACCAUCCAUUAAUGUUUAAUCCAGUCACUCCACUGGGAGGCCGGCCACUCUUCCUGCGCACUGGAAUACCAUACACCUUCACUCAGAUUACUGUAGACCGCGUCAACGCAGCUGAUGGACACUACGAUGUAAUGUUCAUCGGGACAGAUGUCGGCUCAGUGCUGAAGGUGAUCUCUGUGCCCAAAGGAAGCUGGAGUAACACAGAGCUUCUGCUAGAAGAGAUUCAGGUCUUUAAGGAUUCUUCAUCUAUUAUCAGUAUGCAGAUUUCUUCUAAACGGCAACAGCUGUAUGUUGGCUCAGACACAGGUGUUAUCCAGGUGCCUCUGCACCGCUGUAGUAUGUACGGUAAAGCUUGUGCCGAGUGCUGCCUGGCUCGAGAUCCGUACUGCGCCUGGGACGGACACACCUGCACACGCUACCUGCCAAACACAAAACGGAGGUUCCGGCGUCAGGAUGUGAGGAAUGGGGAUCCUAAUGCACUCUGCUCAGGAGACCAUCAGAAGCAGCGUGUCCUAGAGAAGAGGCUGUAUGCUGUGGAUGGAAGCAGCUCCUUCCUGGAAUGCAUCCCGAAAUCACUACAGGCCCAGAUUACAUGGACCUAUCAGAGGCACCCGGAAAACCCACGGGAGGAGGCUCGUCUAGAUGACCGUGUUUUGCAGACCGAGCGAGGCCUGUUGCUAAGGCGAGCCGUGCGUAGAGACGGUGGCGUGUAUCAGUGUCAUGCGAUGGAACAUGGAUUCACCCAGACCCUCCUCGCGAUCACGCUGGAGAUUUUGCCUUUGGCUAGCUCCGCCCUUUCAGCUCCUAUGCCUCGCAGCCCCGCCCACUCCCAUGCCAAUCAUGGGCAGUCCAUCAAUCAAAAGCUGUGGUACAGGGACUUCAUGCAGUUAGUGGAUCACCCAAACUUAAACACAGUUGACCAGAUCUGCGAGCAAGUUUGGUCACGCAAGAACAGCCUAUCAGGGAAGAGUGCUCCAGAUCCAGCCAGUGAGGCGCCGGUUCAUGACCCACUGCACUCUAAAAAGUGGAAGCACCUGAAGGAAGUGAGGAAAGGGCGAAAUCGCAGAACGCACGAUGGGAGACCCGCCCCCAGAGCACCGCGGAGCGCGGGAGAGUAGCGAGGAAUGAGAGAUGGAGUAAAAAAGAGACUGAGAGACAGAAAGAAAGAGCAAAAACCACUGGAGGUGGACAGAUUCUCACACAGCAUCUCAUUCAGUGACUGUUUAUCGCCUGUUCUGCUUCUUAUUACCCCUGUGACGACACUCCACUGCCUGUUAUCAGUCUCUAUAUACUCUAUUGCCCUCAUAUCCAGUCUGAAGACUCAAUCUAGUGCUCCCACGACCCCAAUCCCGCUCCCGCCAGCAUCUAUUACUCCUGAUGGUUAUCCAGAAACCCACACUCCAUCCAUCUGAUUCCUAACACAAACUCAAGAGGUCCUAAAGUCCAAAAAAUCCUUUUGAAUUGUAACAGGAAAAGCUUCGAUCAGAAAUUGAAGACACAAAGACGUGCAUGCGCUGCGUAAACACAGGCUCUUGUGGACACACAUUGAGUAAAUCCAUGCAUACUCUUCUUUGUUUUCAUCUGGGUGUUUGUGCAACAUGUGUUCUUAGAUUAGAUUCUUCUCUCACUUUGGCCCUAAAACAGAGACCCUUGACUCACCAGCACCAUAUGAACAUCAUCACUGUUCUUUCACUGCUUGAAGACUUAAAACAAAACAUUUCAAGCAAACAAAAGAGAAAAAAGGAGAAAAACUGUACAUUUGUGAUCUGGUAAGGUUAUAUAGCUGCUGUAAGAGUGUUUAAGUAAAUGUUUUUUUUUGUUGUUGUUUUUCAUGUGACGGUAAUUAUAUACCUUGUAAGCGUAAAGGGUUCAGUGAGCUUUACAUCUCUGGCAGUUCUGUAAAGUAACAAAGGUGAAUUAUUUUGAGUUACUAAGUUGUUUCAGGUGUGAUUAUGUGUUGUAUGAGACUGAGAUGGACACUGCAUUAAUGUACAGGGGCAUUAUGGGUUGUAUGGUCUGAGACCAGGUGAGGAAAAACUCUUUUCGACACUUUUAGGUCUAAACUUAAAACUAACCUGUUGAAAUAAUUAUAAUAAUAAUAAAAAAGUCAGAAGAGUUAUGUAUACGUGUCUGUGUAAGAGAGAUUUACAUGCUUUUUACACAGCUCUGCCAUAUUCACCAUAGUGUUCUGUGAGCAUCAUAUACUGUAAGACCACAGCUAAUGUAUUAUGUAUGCUAGAUAAUGGGUUAAAUCAGGAAACACAGAUCCAAGGCCCUCUCUGAAGAGAAGAAACAAGAAAAAUGUCUUUAGCUCUCACGCUGACGUUUCAGAUGAAUAUUUAAUUGAACACAUUCAAAGAGUCUAGCCAGUCUACUCUUUCUGUCUUUUGAAAAUAGCAGUGUUGAAUUUGUCGGUAAAUGCAUGUUUACAAACGUUCGAAGCCAAAUUUCUUUUUUUAUUGCGUUGCAAAAGCGGUAUGGGAGCGAGUCAGACAAAUUCUAUAAAUUUUCUGCACAAAAUACCAUAGUUAGGCUACUUUAGUCAUAGUCGCUAACUUAUAACUGUGGUAACAUGAUAUCCACCGCCACAAAAAAAGAAGAAACUGAAAGUUUGUACAGUAUUUUGGACUCUACGGUGGUCAGCAAGGUAGAUGUAUGGUGCUGGCGCAGGAGAGUCUCUUGGUGUGAGCGCCCUCUUCUGGUGUUUGUGAGUAGUUGUGGUUUCUGCUGUGUCGAGGAUGAGAGAAACGUGACAUUGUAAAAUAAUCAAUUCUGAUUCAUUUUUAAAUUGAUGUAAGAAUGUUUUGAGCGGAACUGGUGGAUUAUCAUGUGGUAGUAUUUAUAUCAGUUUUCUAAAAGUUGUACUUAAUGGUUAUUUUUGCAUGACUUGAAACGUCUUGAACGUUUUUUUUAUACAAUGGAAAGACCAUGUUUUAAAACUGUCCUGCAAGAUUAUCUGGUGUUUUCAGCAUAUAUUUAUGGCUCGAUAAGCUAAUGUGUUGUGGUGGUUUGUGAUGAAACUGACCUACAUGUGUAAUGUCCAUUUUGAUAGAGGAGAAUGAAAACAUCCUUGUGUGUAUAUUUUGAAAUCCUUCCCCUUCUUUUGAAUACAUAUUUAAAGCCCUAACAUAAUUCAAAAGUAAUAAUUUGGGUCAUUUAAAAGACUAUUCAAACAGCAUUUCAAAUUCAUCUGAUUUUCUUUUCUUUGUGACGCUUCUCAGCUUUUGAGAGAGAGUGUAAGAAAAAAGCGGGUGUAGGCUAUGUGUGUCUCAAUGUGAAAGAGGAUCUGUGUGUUUGUGCCAUUAAAUAUUAGGAUUUCUGUACAUUGGGGAAAAGUGUGAGUUGCAUUUUGUGGACAAGUCAAAGGUCGAAGGCCAAAGUUGACGUGAACACUGUAUUAUUCCCUGAGUAUUUUCUCUGUGGAUUGUUGCAUCAGACUGUAAAUGAUUAACACAAUAAAACAUACAGUUACCUAAAAAUAACUCCUCAGUUUUAUUUUUGAUAGAGCCAGAGGCGUAGCAAUAGGGCAGGCAAGGCAGGCAAUUGCCUGGGGCCCCGCAUUUUGAGGGAGCCCCCAACAGCUGACCAUUUGAACAAUCGGAAAUGUCAUUAUUAGUAAUAUACAUGUAACAUGGAGCAAUAUAUCUGCAUCCCCCCUAGGGGGCUCCCUCUCGCGUUACGCUGGAUGUGCUUGCUUUUUCCUCGCGAUGCGUCGGCCGCCGUUUUCAAAAUGGCACAGCACUUACUCAUGCAUUUACUAGGCUAUUUUAAAAAUGAAAAGGACUUAUCCAUCUGGCAGCCAAAAGCGGGAAAAAGCAAGCAGAGGAGGAAAAGAGGAAACAUGACAGCGGUUUUUGUUGUUAAUUCCAUCUUAUUUUCGUUUAAUUAUUUGCUAGAUUAAUUACUAGUCAAAUUACUAAUAGGGUUACUGGGAAACAGGUUAGCUAGGGUUGCACUUAGCAGCAGCAUGUAUUAUAUAGCAUUUAGCAGGUAUUAAUAUAGGCUGCAAUAGAAU